GUUUUUUUGUUUUUUGUGGUUUUUUGGGUGUAUAUUCCUGGUCUUGAAUGAGACUGGCCAUGGGCUUUUACUCCAUCACAUCAACAGCUUAACAAUUUGCUGCCUAAUUUACUCAAUGAACAUCUGUGUUAUCAUCUACAGAUGAGUGAUAACUUACUUCAGCCACAAGGGGUGGGUUAGGAGGAAGAAAAGUAGUGUCAGAAAGUUUACAGGCAACACAUGCAUUGCAACAUCAUUGUUACAAAUAGCAACACUUGCAGCAACCUGACUGUUGAUCCCAAAAUAAUGGGACCCAUUGGCUCAAGAUGGAUGUGUUGAACUUGUACCCUGUGAGUGGCAGGUGAGCAACCGGUCUGCUGGCACAGAUUGAGAGAGUUGACAAGGAAGGUGGACUGGAUAGAACCAGGUACAUGUGUUCACAGUCCAUAUGAACUUUGUGACUAUUCAGAGUUGUAUUGUUAGUGAUGCUUCCCUGAGAUUUGCAGGGGAUUCCUCAACACCUCUGCUUUAAGCAAGGCAACAACAGAACAGCUGCUUUAUAUGGGACCUACCCAGCUGUGCUUUGUUAGACGUCUCCCCACAGAACCCUCUUCAGGUAAAUGCAAUUGGCAGACACCUGCUCUCCCCUCUUCGACUCGCUGCCAGGAAACGGCACGGCUGCCGUGGUCGUGCUUUGGAUGAUCACAGAAAACAUGAAAACUCCACGCUGUCGCUACACUCGUCUGCCCAACCUGCUGGAAGAAGCCCUGUCUUCAGAACCUGAGGAGUCUACUGAACCAGAGAACCCAGUCUGGACAAGCACAGAAUUUCAUGAGCCUGUGCUAAAUGGGCAAAGCAACAUCCUCCACCUAGAAGAAAUCCAGAAGCUUGCACCACACCUCCCUCUACGAGUGACUGGACACCCAUGGAACCUCAUCUACUGUACAGCAAGGGAUGGAUUUAGCCUGAAGACUAUGUACCGAAGCAUGAGUGAUUUAGCUUCUCCAGUGUUGUUGAUUAUCAGAGAUACUGAAGGCCAGAUAUUUGGAGCCUUUUCUUCUACAGCCAUUCAUGUCAGCAGCUGCUUCUACGGCAAUGGAGAAACAUUUCUCUUUUCCUUCACCCCACAACUUAAGGUAUUUAAGUGGACAGGUAAAAACACCUUCUUCAUGAAAGGAGAUGCAGACUCCCUAGCAAUUGGUGGAGGCAGUGGCAAAUUUGGAUUGUGGCUAGAUGGAGACCUGAACCAUGGAGGAAGUCAGCCCUGCGAGACAUUCAACAAUGAGACAUUAUCUCCCAAAGAGGAAUUCCUCAUCCGAGACCUGGAAGUUUGGGCACUUUCCUAACCCAAAGUGUGUUGGGGGGGGGGACAAGUCCCCUUCUGCACUGACACUGCAAGUGCCAUGGGAACAGGGCUUGGCCAGUCGUCCUGUGGGGGCAGCUUUUCAAAUCCCCUUCAAUGAACAUAAACUUGCUGUAGAGACUCCCUCUGUCUCCGUAGAUUGGGAUGGAAUAGAUGCUGGAUUAACCCAGCAAUUUCCUCAUCUCUUUCUCACCCAACAUUAGCAAUUUUGCUCCCCGCUAUCCUGCUUAUAGAAAGAUGAGCUAAGGAUUUUCAGUUAAGCUCACCUUUUGUACUUCAGGGCAGGUGAAGAUCUUGCUAACAGUCAUCUUCAGAACUGGUAAGCUAUGCGAAUAUUGGCGGCUGCUUGCCAGGGAAGGAUGACCCAAGAGACACUUCACAGCCUUAACCUGUACUUGCCAAAUGGCAGACCAGGCAGUAAGCUCCUUGCCCUCCUCCUCAGUUCUCACAGCUCUUGCUAGUGAUAGAAUUACUUCAUAUAAGCAUUAGAAUGCAAGAACUCUGGAGGUGCUUUCAAGUACACCUUUAUCAUGUGGUUUUGAGAAGGCCCAUCUCUUUGAUGCUCAGCAAAGUACCACACAGGUACUGAAGCUAAACACUGAAUGGCCUAGUUAGCCACACAGGUACAGCCCACAUUGCCGUCCUCUGGAGUUAGUACACUUUCCUCAAACCACCCACUAAUUUGGCAAUAGGAAGCUUUCCACAAGGCUAGUCUUGGCCUCCUAAGUAGCGUUCUACCAAUGACAUUCAACUCCUGAAUGGGCAAUUUGCAGGGUUAAAAGAAAUUUCCCCAAAUGAGAGAGAUUUUCCCUUCAUAAUAGUGUAUUUCAUAUACAAAGGUUUGUUAAGCAGUAACCAGUCUACUUUUCCCUCCUUACCCACAAUUUAGCUGACUGUGGCCAUGGGGGAUUUAAGUCUUUCCCUGUUUGGGGGUUUCUGGGGAAGCACUUUAUACACAAUAUUUUGUCUUCAUAGCACUUUAUACAACAAUAUUUUGUUUUUGGAAAAUGGCAUCAACUUCACGUCCUAGCUAACAUAUUUUGUACAUCAACAUGUACAGGCCUCUUUGUCACCUAUGGGUCACUUUAUGUGACGUCCCUGACCUCAUUUUGUAAAUAGAUUCAUUUUUUUCUCAACUUUUUAAAAAGAGGCCAAGUGAUAAAUUAUUCCUAUAUGGAAGCACGCAGAACCUUUAAAAACUAAUCAGUUAAAAACACUGGUGCAAAGCCAUGCACAACUAUUUUAUUCCAGAUGUGUUCACACAUGCAUGCUGUGACUGAGCAAUCAAUUGACAACUUGCAUGUAUUAAACAGCCAUAGAUAACUUACCUCAGACGGAGCUUAAUCGGUUUGGGCGUACUGCUUUUCUAUAUGCAAUCUACACAUUUCAUCUAGGAAUAAUUCAAUGCAACGUUCAUGCAUGUAUAAAUCAGCUCACUUUACUUUUAUCAUUUAAGAGCUUCUCCUCUUGCUUCUAGAGACUGUGAUGUCGCUUAUCCAUUUCAUAGGGACAGGAUAUUUAAAUUGUUCAGAUCCAGCAUCAGUAACACACUUUGAAUAAUCUGUAAUGUCAUCUAGAGAUGCCCUUGGAUACUCCUCUGGUUAGAUAUAUGAUGCAGCAAUUCUUUUAACAUUGCUUUGAAAUAUCUGCCUAAUGAUUUUUAAGUCAAUAUAUGAACAAUGAUUUUUUGAUAGUGUUAGAUGUAUAAUUAAUUAUAAAGCAAACAAACCAAUCCUUAGAUUUCCUCAUUAGAGACAGGGCAUUGUACAUUUCAGAGGUCGUGUGACUACUUCUAGUCAAGGACUACAAUCUGUCCAAAUUGUUUUGUGCUGAAGUGCUAUGCUGAGGUCUAGUAGCAUAAAUAAAAACUUUUAACAGAUGGGAAUGUCAGGGGUGUGAGAGAAAUGUGGUGUGAAAUACUUCAGAAGCAUUAGGUAUGUAGGGAAGGGGUGGAGUAGAGGAGGCCUUAUGUUUGUCUUUUAAGCACAUAAUGAAGACAUAAGCCUUUCUGAACAUGUAUCUCUCCUAGCUCUCAGCCUAGAAAUCCUGAAAGCCGUGAUCCUAAGAGAACUAGAUACACCUUCCAUAGUUGCAAGUACUCUUUCACUAAAGAACACUGGAAACUGUAGUUCUGUAAAAGUCACAACAAACUUGUUUUAAAGCAGCUUAAAGUUCUGGUGCAGAUGUACUCUCAAUCACUGUGAAGCCUCUGACUCAACUUCCUGGCUCUUCAGCAGAAGCUAUCCAACUGUUUUCGAAGCUCACUCCCCUCUCCUAACAUCAAAAUUCACAACCCU